ACAAAUACAGUGGUAUAGGUCACACGUCUCCUGAGGUCGAAUUGCAACGUUCUGAGCCCCGUGCUCCUUUCCUGCGGACAUUUCUUAGAUUCCUGUUACUGCCUCCCCUCUCGCUUCUGCCUUCGUCGGGUCACGCGGCUGCUGCCAUUAAGCGUCAUGCGCCGAGGCGCUGGGGAAUGGGUGUCCCUUGCAGGCUUACGAACCGAUGGACGGCGGCCAAAUGAGCUUCGACGCGUGCAUUGUACAUUAGGCACCUACUCCAAUGCGGAUGGCUCGGCGUCCUUGAAACAAGGACAGACGGAGGUGCUGGCCAUCGUUCACGGUCCCCACGAAGUAACAAGACGUAGUGAGGUACAGCACGACAAAUGCAUUAUUGAGUGCGAAUUCUACAGGACUCCCUUUUCCGGGUUUGACCGUAAAAAACGCAGGCCAACGGAUCGGGCAAGUUUAGAAGCUUCGUUGGCUCUUAAACAGACUUUCGAGACCGCGGUCAUGCGGAAUCUAUACCCACGAACACAGGUAGACAUCCAAGUGUACGUGUUACAAGGCGACGGCUCUAUUUUGCCCACGGCCAUCAACGCCGUGUCCCUAGCGCUGGUGGAUGCGGGCGUUGCUAUGAAAGAAAUGGUAACCGCUUGCUCUGUCGCUCUCUUGGACAAGCAGCCCGUGCUCGACGUUACUUACAAAGAGCAAAGCUCUGGUGGGGCGUACAUGCCACUGGCCGCCUUUCCUAUUCACGGGGAGAUUAUUUUGAUACAGUGUGAGGCCCGUUUGGAGGGCGAGCGCCUUGAGGAAAUGAUGCUUACGGCGAUGGAGGGCAGCCGUCAGGUCUCUCAGCUAUUUCAGACGCAAGUCAAAGAGUACACAAGACGUUUGGCAGGUGCGCGACUAGCCCUUCCCAGGUAGCUGUAGUUUCUAGGAUGGUUGAGUAAAAGCGGCAUGCUCGUUCAGAGAGGGUCAGGGUGCUUUCAGUCAAAGGGGAUGACAAGAUGCCAUAGCGGGGCCCUUGACCUCAAGCCGUUGUUUAAAGAAAUACGUCCCCACCUGCUCUUACAUCCUGGCGUCCGAGAGUUGUGUAAAUAGAUUAUCCGCAAAAGAAAGAGCUCCAACAUCGCGUGUCA